ACGGCGGUAUAAAACACAACAAUGUUGUAUUUUAGAUUUACAGCGCUAUGGAUGAUAUUGCAGCAGAAUACCCCCAGUUUGUGAGCAAACAUCAGAUUGGGGAGUCUUAUGAAAAACGACCCCUCUUCGUCCUUAAGUUCAGCACCGGAGGAAGGAGCCGCCCUGCGAUCUGGAUCGAUGCCGGCAUCCACGCUCGAGAAUGGGUCACCCAAGCGACUGCCCUUUGGACUGCGAAGAAGAUUGCCAGUGACUAUGGGAACGAUCCGUCAAUAACUUCCCUGUUAAACGCGAUGGAUGUUUUUCUGAUGCCUGUUGCGAAUCCGGAUGGAUAUGUCUUCUCUCAAGCCAAAAAUCGUAUGUGGAGGAAGACCCGCUCCAAGAUUCCUGGCAGCUUGUGUUUGGGGGCUGAUCCAAACAGGAACUGGGACGCAGGCUUUGGAGGACCUGGAGCCAGCAGCAACCCCUGCUCCGACUCCUACCACGGCCCCAGCGCCAACUCUGAGGUGGAAGUGAGGUCCGUCGUGGAUUUCGUGAAGAACCAUGGAAACCUCAAGGCUUUCAUCAGCAUCCACAGCUACUCCCAACUCCUGAUGUUCCCCUACGGCUACAAUUGCACCACAGCCAUCAAGGAUUACGAAGAACUGGAUACGCUAGGAAAAAAGGCUGCCGAUGCGCUUGCUUCUCUCUACGGCACCGUAUAUAAAGUUGGCCCCAUUUGCAACAUUAUCUAUCAAGCCAGUGGAGGCAGCAUCGACUGGACUUACGACCAAGGCAUCAAAUACUCCUUUGGUCUCGAACUCAGAGACACCGGCCGGUACGGAUUCCUCUUGCCCGCCAGCCAGAUCAUCCCGACAGCGCAAGAGACCUGGCUGGCUCUGAAGACCAUCAUGGAGCAUGUGAGGGACCAUCCAUACUGAGAGGAGGGAUUUUGGAGCCUAGAGGGACAGGGAGAGAAAUCAGCCACAUGCUUCCGUUUAAAGAUGAAUAAAGAUGUCUUCAAAAACACCCAAAAGAG